AUGGCUCACUCAACGCUUACCGAGCUUUUACCUUCCGUAUCACUACCGGAAGUGGCUACGGCCACAUAUCCGGCAGAUACAACUGAUCCCGAUGAUCAUGCUGAUGACGAUAGUGAUCUGUUGUACUUGUACGAUCGGAUCACCAGCUCAGACCAAUCACCGGUAUUUGUCGCCGCUGAUCUGAAUAUCUUACCGCUUCAGCUAAUUAUCGAUAAAGAUGAUUCGAAGAGUGAGCUGUUAAGAGAAAUCCGCCAAUUGAAACGGUUCAUCCAGGAUGCUCUCAACGGACGGGUCGAUGAACCACCGAUAACCCAGGCUGAUAGUGGUGUACAAACAAUAAAUGAGGCACAGUCUGAUUGUGACCCUCAUGGACAAUCAUCCUCCGGUUACUGUUUAGCAUCACCAAAAUCAAGUUUCAAAUCAUCCACCAAUGCUUCCACAUCUUCACCAGAAUUACCAGCAUCAACAAGUUCAAUAAGUAGCACACCAUGUUCAUCAUUAAUUCCAACAACGAUGGCAUCACCUGUUUCACCCUAUCAUCAUCCAGAAAAUAAUCAAACUAUUACUGGUCUAAAUAGUAGUAUCCUUGGUGGUACUCUUACAUUAAAUGAUAAUAUUAGCCUAAGCAAUGGUAGUAAUCGGGAUGGUACUAGUACGAGUAGUAUAACUACUAUCGGUAAUCAUAAUCGACGUAAACGUGAUGGUUGCGGAAAUCGUCUUGAUGCUAUGGUUCGAAAAUUAGCUAAUCGGCAAAAAGAAAAAGAAGCAGCCGCUGCUGCAGCUGCUAUAUUAGCUAGUGGAUCAGCUUGUAUAUCCAUGUGUUCAGGAUCAACCAUAUCAACAAUCUCAUCUGUAUCUUCCUCAUUAUCACCAUCAUUGUCAUCAUCCACUACCACUACUGCUACAAGCCUAGUAAUACCACCUGAACAAUCAUCACCACCAGCUAAAGGUAUUUGGCAUACGCAAAUGAUUGAUCCGGUUGCAUAUGUUAAUAUGUUACGUACAAUGUCCGGUGCCGCCGCUGCUGCGGCGGCGGCGGCAACUGCCAUUUCGUCACCCUCAUCAAUCUUUCCAUCAAUCAACAAAACGAUGCAAAAUGAUCGGUAA